UUCUACAACUUGAGUGAGUCUUUACUUGAAUUCAAUGGUGACUACUUUUGGAGUUUUGCAGUCAAUCCAACCCAAAAUACAAGUAGCAAAUGGAAUAAGACUAAUCAAAUCAAUGCUCUCUAUUUUCAUCACCACAAAAUAAACAUCAACCAAAUACAAGUAGCAAAUGGAAUAAGACUAAUCAAAUCAAUGCUCUCUAUUUUCAUCACCACCAAAUAAACAUCAACCAAUUUUGGCUCAAAAAUUCUGGCCUCUUUUGGUAAUUGGGACGAAAUCAAAAGCAAAGAUAAAAGGCAAUGAUGGUGACUCAUCUGUUUAAUAAGAGAGCACAUGUUUGUGCAUUUUCUGGUGUGAAGACCCUGUUUGUGAUGAUUACACUUUGUAUCUGUACUGGACCAACCUGUGCAUUUUCAACACCAUUGAGAUUUAACAAAGAGGGGGCAUUUAAGAUUUUGCAAGUCGCAGACAUGCAUUAUGCUGAUGGAAAGAUCACACCAUGCUUGGAUGUGUUGCCUAAUCAGGUCAAGGGAUGUUCUGAUCUCAACACUACUGCUUUUAUCCAGCGCAUGAUUAAAGCUGAAAACCCUGAUCUUAUUGUCUUCACUGGAGCCCGUAGGAAAAAGCAUAUUGAUGGUGCCUAGACUUUGAAACAACAUAUAUACUCAUCUUGUUAUAAAAAUAAUAGUGUUUACGUGUAUACUUGAAAUAUAGAUACAGAAAAAAGAAGUUUUCUGGAUAUGUAAUCUAUUGAAGGUCUCAUUAAGCUCUCUUAUGGGGCCUGAAGUUUCAAAUAUUGUAUCGUUUAAGGUUCACGAUGUUUGUUUACAACUUGUUUUUACUUAGUUUUGAGGCGUGUUGAAUGGUUGUAAGCCUGUAACAUCAACAUUUUGAACCUCUACAGUGUCUAAGUUUUCUGAAUUAUCAUUUAUAUAUACCAAGUUGUUGGAUGAUUUACAUGAUAA